AUGUCCAAAUCCAAAGAUGUUGCAAAGAGUUACCAGCACGUGUCGCUUUUUCAAAGAGAGGAAGGAAAAAAACUGAUCGACGAUGUAGAGAUUCAUCGCGGACAUGUUAUCCUAGAUUUGGGCUGUGGUACUGGAGAAUUGUCUGCGUAUCUUUACGAGCUCGUACGACAAGAUGGAAGAGUCGUUGCCGAACUCUUUUACACUAAGAUUCAUCGCGGACAUGUUAUCCUAGAUUUGGGCUGUGGCACUGGAGAAUUGUCUGCGUAUCUUUCCGAGCUCGUAGGACAAGAUGGAAGAGUCGUUGCCGUUGAUCCCGACAGUUAUCGAGUAGAAGUGGCGCGAGAAUCACAAAGGGAAGAAAAAAAUCUCACAUUUCAAGAAGGAAGCUCUACCAGCUUCCCAGGAAUGGGCUCGGAGACUUACGACAUCGUCUUCUCCAACUUUGUGUUGCACUGGAUUCGGGAUAAAGAAGAGGCAUUCAAGAACAUGUUUCAGAGCCUGAAACCAGCAGGGAAAAUUGUCCUGAUUUACAACGAUCGUUGA